AUGCAGUUCUCUAUCGCCGCUAUUGCUCUUGCCUUCGCCACCAUGGCCACUGCCUUGCCCGCCGUUGACGGUCUCAACUCCAUGGACAGCCAGCACGGUGGCGUCCGAUUCCCCGUCCCCAAGAGCCUGACCGUCAAGGAGGCCCAGGCCAAGUGUGGUGACCAGGCUCAGCUCUCUUGCUGCAACAAGGCCACCUACGCCGGUGACACCACCGAUGUCAACUCCGGCCUCGGUGGUGGCCUCCUCGGCAACCUGAUCGCUGGUGGCUCCGGCUCAGAGGGCCUUGGUCUCUUCGAGCAAUGCUCCAAGCUGGAUGCCCAGGUCCCCCUCCUCGUUGCCAUUCCCCUCCAGGACUUGGUCAACCAGAAGUGCAAGCAGAACAUUGCCUGCUGCCAGAACUCCCCCUCCACCGCCAGCAACGACCUGGUCGGCGCUGCCCUUCCUUGCAUUGCCCUUGGCUCUAUCCUCUAA